GACCUCUGUGCCUUUCCGUAUUAUACAGGGAUCAGCUGUUCAGGAAUAAUUGCAGUGUACGUAAAUUUGAAAUUACAGUUAAAAUGGAUUUGAAACAAAACGUCAUAAAGAAAUUAAAUGCUGAAUUCGGAAAGGAUGUAAAGAAUAUUGGGAAAAGCCGUGAUUUGUAUAAGAGACUUGAAGAGGAGAAAAGUUCUAUAGAAAAAUCUCUGUCACUUGCUAGUAGUGAAGUACCUUCAAAAGUGAGUGCAGCUAUAAAGGCUGUUGAAGAUACCACUGAUCAAAUAAACAGUCUGAGCACACAGUUUGAUGCCGUUAGCGUAGCUGUAAGAAAUCAGCUUCAGAAAGAUGAAGGAAUAGCCACUCAGCUACAAGAAUAUUUUGAUAAAAUAGAUAAUUUAGAAAAGGCGUUGGCAUAUUUACACCGUGUCAAAACCAUCGAAGAUAUAAGCAAAGGUCUGGAAUCAGCUUUAGCAGAAAAGGAUGACUUUAAAUGUGUGGAACGGUAUGUGUGCCUAUGCAAUCUGAACAAGCUACUUCAGCACUCAAAAUGUCAGCAUUUGGUGACCUUCCUGAAUGACACUGUACAUUUUUGGCACAAUUUACUGAAACAGAAGUUUUCUACAGAGUUUGAAGCGGUACUGAAAGUGAUGAAGUGGCCAUUUGUGAACAACAGUUUAGCCACUCUGCCACCAGAUGCUCUUCAUCAGUUCCAGCAACUGACUGAAUGUCUGCUCCAACUACAACUGCCUGUACAUCUGUCACCCCAACCAGUAGUGACAUCUACACUUUUGACAGACUUUGCUCCUCUGUGUCUACCAAUUUCCUUGAUGAUUCGUCCAUUAAGGAAACGAUUUCUGUUUCACUUCUACGGAGCAAAGCAGACAAACCGUCCUGAUAAGCCAGAGUGGUUCUUCACGCAGAUACUGACAUGGAUACGUGAUCAUGAGAAGUGUGUGAGCCAGUGGGUACAACCAAUUCUGAAUCGAAACAACAUGCAUACCAUAUCUGCUAAGCUAGAGAUGAUGCGUGGGUUGGUACAACUGGUGGUAGAGAAGCUGCAUUCAGAACUGCCUCAUCUCCAAUAUGAUGAUACACUGUUCUCACAUACUGUAGAUGAGACGCUCGGGUUUGAUCGUGAGUUGCGGGAGAGUUUUGGCUACCCAGCCUCUCAACCUAGUGUGAUUGGUGUGCUUACCCAAGCACAAAUGUUUGUAAAAUGGAUCCAUUUGGAGAAGAAAUAUGCAAGUGAAAAGAUGGAUGCCAUGCUAAGCUCAGAUACUGCAUGGCUUCCACUAGGAACUCCAGAACUUGAUGAGCUGCGCAUCACAGAAUGUGGUGAGAGUUUCCUAACCCUGUUGCUCACCAUAACAGAACGAUACAGUAGUUUACCCCAACCCGGACAUCGGCUCCAAUUCUUGGAACUACAGCUUGAGUUGCUGGAUGACUUCCGAGUUCGCUUACUGCAGCUAUUACACGAGGAACCUGUAGAUCCCCUCAACUCGCGUCUCCCGGCCAUCCUCAACACCAUCAGCUACUUAGCGUCAGUGCUGCAAGAAUGGGGUGAUCUCACGCACUUCCUACAACUGCAGUAUUAUAAGGUGCAGUUUGAUAAUGCUGGUAGUCAUGGAGGUUCAAACCUAGCAGUUGACGACAAAGAUCUUCAAGGGACAGUGUUUGACGACAUAGUGAGACUUCUGUUGCGGAUGAAGGAUGAGCUCAUUAGCAGCCUAUGUGAAGCUGUUAUGAUGGACAUCAUGGCUUGUAGUCGUGAAUACAGGAAAGAUAAGUGGUUUGCAAUGUCAUCACCGAAGGACCCGGUAAACCAAACAAUUACACCUAGCGUCUGCCUCAUGUUCCAAGUAUUGGCCGAGCGACUUCACCAGCUACAAGAGCUGUUAUCUGUUCCGCUGUUCAGUACUGCUUGGCAAACACUUGCAAAGGAUCUUAACCAGUUCAUUUAUGAAGAAGUGAUACUGCAAAACAAGUUCAAUGAGGGCGGGGCAAUGCAGUUUCAAUACGAUAUGACACGGAACAUGUUCCCACUUUUUGGACAAUUCACUCGCAAGCCAGACAUCCACUUUCCUCAGGUAAAUGACUCGUGCAUUUUGCUGAACCUCUCGAAAGGAUCUGCCCUUCUGAAAAAAACAAUCACAUAUUGUCUGACGGAUGAUGGAAUCAAGGGCUUACAAGAAGAAAAUGUACUAUCCGAAAUUGGAGUCCAUCGACUCGAUGCAGAGAAAUCUCUCGCUGUCCUGAGCCGUCGUACAGACGUCACACACGACCUCAUACACGACCUCACACACCUGUAGACUGUCACUGGAUAAAAUUAACUUAUUGUUUCAAGAAUAAGCUCUAUAAUAUGUUGUUAAAUUUUAUGUGUGUGUGUGUGGAUGAUUUGAUUAAAUGUAAUUUGUUUAAAGAAUAA